UAUUGGAGUUGGAUAUAUGGUCCACGCCUUUGCAACGAGUAUACGGAUGGUGUUCAUGCCUUCAUUGAGAAUGCGAAGAAAGAUAUCGUGGACAAUGGUAGACAGUAUAUUUAUUGCCCAUGCAAGAAUUGCAAAAAUGAGAAGAGAUAUCUUCAAGAGGACAUGUUGAAAUCACACUUGAUCAAACGUGGAUUCAUGGAGGAUUAUCGAUGUUGGAAUAAGCACGGUGAAGAAGGACUUAAUGAAGCAGAGAGUAGGGAUUCCUAUGUGGAGAGGGAGGUCGCUACCGUUGUCGAAGAAGAGGACGACGAUGUGGACGAGGCGGAUAUACUAGGGUUGAGCAAUGACGACUUCAUGGAUCAGGUUGAUAACAUAGAGGAGAUGGUUCGCAAUGUUGAGAGACACGGCGAUGAUGAGUACAAAGGAGGUGAAUUCGCAACGAACAAGAGGAUGAUCGAAGACUCUAAGAAACCUUUCUAUCCUGGUUGUGCACUGAAUUACUCAAGGCUAUUUGCAAUGGUGAAGCUUUUCCAGUUGAAAGCAAGCCACAGAUGGAGUGAUGGCAGCUUCAAGGAGUUGUUAGCACUCCUUAAGGACAUGCUUCCACAAGGCAACACCGUCCCUGAGACCGUUUAUGAGGCCAAAUAGAUUAUCUGCCCGUUGGGAUUGGAGGUGGAAAAGAUCCAUGCGUGCAAGAAUGAUUGCAUUCUCUAUUGUGGCUCGGAUUAUCAGGACCUUGAGAAGUGCCCUGUUUGUGGACUCGAUCGAUUCAACCAUAGAAAAGAUGGUGGUGAUGAUGAGGAUUGCAACAGAACAAAGGGCGGACCUAAAAAGGUGUUUUGGUACUUUCCAUUCAUUCCUCGAUUGGUGCGCUGGUUUGCAAAUAAAAAGGAGUUAAAAUUGUUCCGAUGGCACAAGGAGAAGCAUAAGUGUGACGGGUUGAUAAGACAUCCUACUGAUGCCACACAAUGGCGGAAUAUUGAUUCGCCAAAUCCUGAAUUUGCGGAAGAUCCGAGGAAUAUUAGGAUUGCAAUGAGCACAGAUGGCAUGAACCCAUUCAUGAACAAUAGCACACAUAGCACCUGGCCAAUUGUUCUGACGAUAUACAACCUUCCGCCUUGGUUGUGUAACAAACUGAAGUACAUUAUGCUGUCAGGCUUAAUACCGGGGCCACAUCAAUCUGGGAAUAACAUCGACACUUAUUUCAGGCCUUUGGUUGACAAUAUGAAGUUGCUUUGGUGUAAAGGAGUGGAGGUCUAGGAUGAGUACAAGCGUGAGUACUUUCAGCUUCGAGCCAUUUUGUUCGCGACUAUCAGUGACUCUCUAGCGGCACGUAACUUGUCUGGACAGAGCAAGAAAGUAGGUUGCGGGUGCCCACAUUGUUUGAGAGAGACAUACUCUGAGUACUUGAGUGAGUCAAAAAAAUAGUGUACAUGGGACAUCGAUGCUACCUUGGAAUGAAACACCCGUUCCGGAACAUGUGUGAUCACUUCAACGGUAAGGCCGAGAAGAGACGUCCUCCACCGCAAUUCUCUGGUCGUGAUGUCUAUGGAAUGGUUAAGAAUGUCCAUGUUGUCCUCAGUAAGCGAAAAAGGAAGAAGAAACGCAAGAAGGGCAAGAAGGUCAUUAUUGAAGAAGAUGAGAUGUGGAAGAAGCAGUCAAUUUUCUGAGAGCUACCGUAUUGGAAGGACUUUGACGUCCAUCAUUGUAUUGAUGUGAUGCACGUGGAGAAGAAUGUGUGUGAGAGCCUUCUCAGCACAUUGCUUAACAUGGACCGAGAAAUGAAAGAUCACGCACAUGCAUGAGCUGAUCUAAAGAAAAUAAAAAUUAGAGAAGAGUUGUGGCUCAAUGAUGACUCCGUGAAAGGAAUGGAGCUGCCCACAUCAUGCAUCACCCUUUCAAAGAAUGAGAAAAGGGAGUUUUGCGAGUUCUUGAAAAGUGUGAAAGUUCCAACUGGCUACUCAACCAAAGUCUCGAAGCUUGUUUCAAUGCCUGAUCUAAAGCUAGCUCCCGGCAUAAAGUCUCAUGAUUACCAUGUAUUGCUGACGUAGAUGAUUGCCGUAGGAAUUCGGAAUAUCCUACCGGUCAAUGUUCAGGAGGCUAUUAUGAACCUUUGCUUUUUCUUUAAUGCAAUUGGUCAAAAGGUUCGAAGUGAAGAAGAUCUUGAGUCAUUGGAAAAGAAGCACUAUGAAACUUCGUGCGUUCUUGAGAUGUAUUUUCCACCUGCCUUUUUCGAUAUCAGCCUUCAUUUCACGGCCCAUCUUGUCAAGGAGAUAAAGCUACUUUGUCCUGUGUUCCUUCACCAGAUGUAUGCAUACGAGAGAUUCAACGGCAUCUUGAAGUCACUAGUAAGAAAUCAAGCUUUUUCCGAGAGCAGCAUGGUACAAGGAUAUUGUAUAGAGGAAACCAUUGAGUGGGCCCUAAACUACGCUGACCCGAGUAACCCAGUUGGUGUUCCCAAGUCUCGUCAUAAGGGAGGCUCACAGGCACGGGGACGAUCGGGAAGAAGGCUAUAAUUCCAGAUCAAGAUUUAUUUUAUAUGGCGCAUUUCCACGUGUUGCAACAGAUGGACAUUGUGUCUGAGUACUUUGAUGAGCACAAGGAGCUGUUGCUUAGAGAGAAUUCUGGACACAGUGAAUCAUGGUUAGCAAAGGAACACAUGAAAAAAUUAUGUGGUUGGCUCCGGAAUCGAAUUUCACGAUCAGAUACUCCUAUAAGUGAACAACUCAAAAGGUUGGCUCUUGGUCCUAUAUUCACCGUUAUAAGAUACCAAGGGUAUGACAUAAAUGGAUACACGUUCUACACCGAACGACAAGAUAAGAAAAUCAUGUAUCAGAAUAGUGGUGUACGUGUUGACGCUUAUGAUGUUAAUGGAGAGGACAAAACCGCGUACUAUGGUCAAAUGCAAGAGAUAUGGGAGCUUGAUUUGCACGGUUUUAAAAUAGCUCUUUUCCGUUGCAAUUGGGUUGAUGCAAAUAGAGGUGUACAAAAAGACAAGUACGGGUUCAUUAGUGUCGAUCUUAGCUGUCACGGAUACAAGACGGACCCUUUCGUGCUCUCACAACAUGUGGCUCAAGUGUUCUAUGUUUCUGACACAACAAACAAAAGACUCAAGGUGGUUAUACCUGGAAAAGGGCGAAUCCUCGAUGUUGAGUAUGCGGUCGAUGAGGAAAAAGUUUGAUCAGUUUGAUGAGAUACCUCCUUUUGCCACCUCAAUGAUCAAGCCAAGAAUACCAUCAGCCAACAAAACUCCCUACUUGCGCAACGACCAUCAAGAAAAAGUCAAGAAUAUCAAAAAACCAAGGGAGCAAUGGAAAGUAGCAAAAUGAUUGGGCAUACAAUGUAUAUUAAUUAUUCCUUUAUCAAAUACGGUUAUUUUGUGACUUUAAUUGUUCCUUUGUGAAAUAUGGUAAUUGUGUGACUUUAAUUGUUCCUUUGUGAAAUAUGGUAAUGCGUGAAUAUUUGAAUGAAAGUGUUGUGUUUUGAUUUAAAAUUGAGUAAAAAAUUGAAAAGAAUUCAGUUUCAGAACUGAAUUCGUAUGUUCAGUUCUCGAACUGAACAAAUUCAGUUCUGGAGACAGAAUUGCGUGAGUGGGUGGGGGGGGGAGAAAAUCCGAGACGCGCGUCAACUAAGGCGCGUCUCGCAUUUGGU